ACGGUCAGAGUCUGUGGUAGCUUUGUCGCAAAAAUGUCUGCCUGCCGGCUUGGAAAAGUAUUCCCCAAAACAAGCAUCCUGUUCUUGUGCGACAUGCAGGAGAAAUUCCGGCCGAACAUCAGCUACUUCCCUCAGAUUGUAUCUGUGGCCGCUCGAAUGUUGAAGGUUGCCAAAACUCUUGAGAUCCCGACCGUGGUGACCGAACAAUACCCCAAAGGCCUGGGUCCCACGGUGCCCGAGCUGGGUGCCGAAGAACUUCGGAAAUACCCCAAGACGUGUUUCAGCAUGGUCAUCCCAGAGGUGGAGAAAGAGAUGGCCGCCGUCCCCAACCUCAAGUCCGUACUGCUGUGUGGCAUUGAGACCCAGGCCUGCAUUAUGAGAACGGCACUGGACGUGAUGGAACGAGGACUGGACGUUCACGUUGUGGUGGAUGCCUGCUCUUCCCGCAGCCAGGUGGACAGGAUUGUGGCCCUGUCUAGAUUACGUCAGAGUGGUGCUUUCCUUACGACCAGCGAAGGUCUUAUCCUGCAGCUAGUUGGAGAUGCUGCACACCCCCGUUUCCGAGAGAUCCAGAAGCUGAUUAUGGACCCUGCCCCAGACAGCGGCCUCCUUCCCUUCCUGACAGCAUCGAGCCCCCUUAUCAGCUAG